CGGUGGGUUCGUUCAGCGUCUCUCCCCGUCCUCCGCGCGUGCGCAGCCAGCUUCUUUAGCUAUGAGAGUCUUAGUGGGUGGUGGGACUGGAUUUGUUGGCAGAGCCUUAACCCAAUUGCUGAGGAGCCGAGGGCAUGAUGUCACCCUGAUUUCCCGCCAUCCUGGAAAAGGACGGAUUACCUGGGAUGAAGUUUCCCGCUUGGGACUCCCUCCUUGUGAUGGUGCGGUCAACCUAGCUGGAGAAAAUGUCCUUAACCCCCUCCGGAGAUGGAACGAGUCCUUCCGCCAGGAAGUGGUUGCCAGUCGGAUAGAGACCACAAAUACUUUGGCGAAAGCCAUUGCAGGAGCUGAGCGCCCACCUUCUGCCUGGAUCCUUGUCACCGGCGUAGGGUACUACAGACCCAGCUACACCACUGAAUACACAGAAGAGAGUCCUGGCGGAGACUUUGAUUUCUUCUCUCGCCUGGUGACCCGUUGGGAGGCAGCAGCUAAAAUCCCCGGUGACGCCACACGCCAGGUGGUAGUGAGAUCUGGUGUGGUGCUGGGCAGAGAGGGCGGGGCUGUUGCCCAGAUGUUGUGGCCCUUUCGCCUCGGCCUGGGAGGCCCCAUCGCUUCUGGCCGCCAGCCGUUUCCCUGGAUCCAUGUGGCUGAUUUGUCAGGCAUCCUGGCCCAUGCGCUGGAGCGGGAGGGCGUCCGGGGGAUCCUGAACGGCGUCGCACCAUCCGCCGUUACCACCACCAAUGGGGACUUUGCCCGGGCUAUGGGGUCGACGCUCCAGCGGCCUGCCUUCUUGCCUCUGCCAGGCUUUGCUGUGUCAGCCAUCUUUGGCCCCGAGCGGAGUGUCAUGCUGCUUGAAGGACAGCGCGUGGUACCCAAACAGACUCUGGAGAGCAACUACCGCUUUGCGUUCCCUGAUCUUCCCUCUGCCCUCCAGAAUAUUUUAACCUGACCCAGGAAAAAAGUGUGUCUAGUAGUAGUAAUUACUUGGUAGAUGAAUUCUGCUGGUUU